GCGGGGACGGGACGGGACGGCGGCGGGAGGCUCCGCAGCGGCUGCAGCCCCAGCAGCAGCGCCGGCGCCGCCGGACCCCGAUGCCGCCCCUGCAGCGGCUCGCCAGGGAAGAUGGCGCCGUCCCACGUCCUCAAGUGCUGCCAGAGGGUGCUGGCCUGGGUGCCCGUGGUCUUCAUCGCCCUGGUGGUGGCCUGGUCCUACUACGCCUACGUGGUGGAGCUGUGUGCGUUUACGAUUACCUCAACUGGAGAAAAAGUUGUCUACCUUGUGGUUUUUCAUCUGUCAUUUGUCAUGUUUGUAUGGUCCUAUUGGAAGACGAUUUUUACAUCUCCUGCUUCCCCCUCUGAUGAGUUCUGCUUAUCAAAAUCUGAUAAAGAACAAUAUGAAAGAGAAGAGAGACCAGAAUCCCAGCAGGACAUUUUGAGAAGAGCUGCUAAAGACUUGCCUAUCUAUACCACAACAGCAUCAAGGGCAAUCAGAUAUUGUGAUAGAUGCCAACUAAUCAAGCCUGACCGCUGUCACCACUGUUCUGCAUGUGAUCUAUGUGUACUAAAAAUGGACCAUCAUUGUCCUUGGGUGAAUAACUGUGUGGGAUUUUCUAACUACAAAUUCUUCCUCCUGUUUUUAUUAUACUCCUUAUUGUACUGUCUGUUUGUUGCUGCUACGGUCUUGCAGUACUUCAUAAAGUUUUGGACAAAUGAUCUGCCAGACUCGCAUGCAAAAUUCCAUGUACUUUUCCUUUUCUUUGUGGCUGCCAUGUUCUUCAUCAGCAUACUGUCACUUUUCAGCUACCACUGCUGGCUAGUCAGCAAAAACAGAUCAACAAUAGAAGCAUUCCGUGCACCCACAUUUCGAAAUGGCCCUGACAAAAAUGGCUUCUCUCUUGGAUGCAGCAAAAAUCUGAAAGAGGUUUUUGGAGAUGAAAAGAAGUAUUGGUUUCUGCCUGUUUUUACAAGCUUGGGUGAUGGUUGUAAUUUUCCAACUCGCCUGGUGAUUAUGGAUCCAGAGCAACUUACUGUCUCAAGCCAAAAUGAACCCGCCAAAAGUUCUGGAGCCAAUCAGCCCUUUCCUGCCAGGCCACUCAGUGAGUCGCAAAAUCGAUUGUUGGACAAUGAAAGUCAGUGGGUGGAAGGUGGCUCAGAAGAAGAAAAUGUUAAAUCAGGUGCAAAAAAGCAUGUUAUAGUUUCAUUGGAAAGCUGAUCUCAGUCUGUUAAUGACCAAUUAUCUCAAUGAGAAAAAGGUUUCUGCGACACAUUUGUGCUUGAAUAUUAAUUUUGUUUGAAAGAUGUUGCUCAGUAAAAUGGAACAGUGUGAACAUGUUAAAGAAGAUUUAUGAGAAAUUGUUUUUGUACAGUACAAUGGACUCUUAGAAGCGCUGCUGCAGAGCAGGGAAGUCAGACAGAUGCCUUAAGAUUAUUAAUAUGCAUUUAUGCAACAUUGACUUAUAUACUGCUACAAAAGAGCCAAAUCCUGAAGUGUCCUGCGUGGGUGAGCAAGGCCCAAACAGAGCAGAAACUGUGCAUUGCUGCUGUGGGGGAAUAGAUCUGCCAAGACCCAAGCAGGCAGAUCCCAUAUUCCUGUGCACUGCAGAAGUUACUUCCAUAGUAGGUCUCCAGGGGACCAAGAAAGGGGAAAAGUGGAUGUGUUGCCCACAAACAGAGAGCAUGGCCAGUGAGUCUCCACUAUGUAGCUACAUGUGGCCCAAACACCACGUAAGGGAAGAGCAGCACGAUGUAUCUUCAUCUCUUCCUAGUACCUAGUAGUUGCUGGUCACACACUUACUACCCCUGUACCCUGGCUCUGUAGUGCUGUGUGGGUUAAAAACUCCUUCCUUCAGCCCUGCUUUGUUGCAGCAAAAUGCCAAGCAAGUAAAGCUCUUUCACUUGGGCUCCACUUGUUUGCUUCAGGAUUGGGCCCCCUAGUAAUUUGAUUUCUUUAAUCAUAUCAGGAAUGUGACUCCAGAAAGUGAAUUUCCAUUUCGAUAUAGUAACCUGAACAACAGUUUUACUUUUCCUACAGUUGCCUCUCAACUUACAAAACAUUGUCAAUCCAGAAAGGAGCUAACAAACUAGUGCAGUUUUCUGUUAAGGGGUGCAAAAUGGGAUGGACAGGGCUGUAACAGAGCAGCAAGAUCCUAGUGGCAUCAGAAAACUUACUGUAAGUUUUGUAAUGUAUUAGAAAAUGGAACUGGAGGAAAUUACUGCUUUUUAUAUUGAACACUUGAUGGUUUAUAAACAUUGUUUUAUAUUUGCUUUAACUUUUUAAUAAAAACAGAAGGUUGUUUUUUUUAUUGUUGGCUCUAAAGUACCAUUUAGACACAGUUCAAGUAUCUGUGAUGAAAUGUAAAUGUUGGAUCAUGCAUUUGGGGAAUGUAUUGGAAGUUUAUUUUAUGCUUUAGUCUGUUGUCUUUUACUUUCAUUUUAAGUGGAAGUGACUGAAAAAUAGCUGAAAUAAGCACUUUACAUAAUUCUUUAUCUUGUUCAUGAAAGGCAAAUUAAAUAUUUCCUAUGCAGGGGACAUAGUCCAUCCAAAGCUCGAGACCCACAGCAAACAACAACCUAUCCACAUUUCUUACUCCUAUUUAGAAAAGACUACUAAUUAUAUUUAUUUUGCAGUGGUACUGACAUUGCACCCAGCAAACUUGAAAAAUGUCCCUUACUUGUCAAUUUCUUUAUUCCACUAUAUGGUAUCUACUGAUUCUGAAUAGGUGCAAUUGGGUCCUCUUGAAACUGGGACUGGAGGCAGCAGAGCAGUUUAUCAGGGACCCACCUAUGUUUUUGUUCCUGGGCUGAUUACUUCCAAAACUAAACGUGUAUUUUAUGGAAACACUAAGGUUAAAGUUGGGGCAGGAUUUUGCUCUCACAGGGGUCCUAAGUCAUCUCUGGAGUUAAAACGGUACCUAUUCCUUUAUAUUUUCAAGUACUGUUUAAAGUGGGAUAGAUCUGAGAAUUUUUAAUCAUGCUCUGGUCACUAGCAAGUGUACUCAUGGAAGGAAAUGUAAUGGUCCAAAAUUUCACUUUUCAAAAGUCUUGCAAAAUGUCUCUCCAAAAUUUGUACUACUUUUGUACAAAAAGUGUAGCACCUAGCAACUUCAGAAUUCACAAAAAACAUCAUAUGCCUUCUUUUGAGCUACAAACCCCUUUUCCCUGAAAUCUUUCAGCCUGUCUCAAAUAUUGGCAACUUCUGCUUAACUGAAAAUAAAAAAACCAGAAGUCACCAAAUUCUAGCAAUCAACGUUAGGUUUGGAAAGAGAGAUCGCCCCAUCAAAAUAUCCUAUGGCUUGGGGAAAGGUGCACUGGGUUGAGAACAAGACCCUGAUUUCAUCUCCCUUCUUCCACUGACGGGUGUUAAGGGCUGUGAAGCACCCCAAGCUGUCAUUAUAGAAAACGUGACUGUGUAUUUCCCCCUGCAUUUUACAGAUGAGCUAAUUGAAGAUCUAAGAGGUUGCAGAGGGUCAUUUCUGGCAGAACAAGGAAUAGAACCUAGGUCUCUACUGUGGCAAGCUCUCCUACUUAACAGUACUGCCUUUAAGAGUCUAAAAACACUGUGUUAAUUGUAUCCGUUUAGUAUACCAGUAUAAUUGCAUCCACACUAGAGGCUAACACCAAUUUAACUAUAUUGGCUUCUAAACUGAUAAAAUUUAAAGCAGUACAAAAGCUGCAUAUAGACAAGCCCUCCGAGAUUAAGCCAAAUGUCUGUGUGUGGUUUCCAGUGAGCAAUAGUUUCUUUGGGAGCAUUCUUUCCUCUGCAUCUCAGAUAAGCCACUAACAAUGAAUUGAGACUUCCAUACAGAAUUGGUGCCACUGAUAUAUAGAUCUGGAUACAGAUAUAGAUAGAUCUUUAGUGCCAUAGCUUGCCAGAUUUUCUGACGUUUUGAGUAAGACUAGUAUAAGAGUAGCACACUCUUGAUUCUGGUGAAGGAGGAGCUAUGCUUGGAUAUAAAAGCAGGUAGUAUCUGAGGCCACUUUUACAGGAUGUAAAACAUCAUUGGGUGGUUCAACAAAGAGUCCGCGGGUUCAGCUCACCCUUCUUGGAGAAGUGAUUGCCACAAAAAAGACCAUAUUGAUGGAAAGGAAAUACCAUGAAACUGAUCUUAAAAGGUGCCCAACUAUGGACUCAUAGAACUAAAUAGAAUCCACUGGCCAGACUGGUGCCUCUCUCUGAUACAGGGAGUCAUCUUUGCUGUCUUUUUUUGAGAACUGACAUAGGAGCUCUGGGUAUACAAUAGGUACAGCAUCUGAAACAGGAUCAAAUCUUCCAGGCUCUCAUUUGGAGAGCAAAUCUAUUGGCAGUUUCCCAUGCAUAGGCAAGAGCACUCUGUACUGGAGUGAAGGAAAGUGAAUUAAACGCAGAAGGGGAGAGAGCCAGCAAUAAAAAUAAAUUUGGCAAGAGAGAGAGAGAUGGGGGGAAGCUGUUCUGCUGCUGAGUGGAGUUGUAAACUCACUGCUUCCACACUUGGCUUACAGAGGCAGGACAACUUGUGAGAGCAACCUACUGAGCAAGUCCUUUCAGGCCAGGCCUUCCUAUACAACCAAAACUUCCAGUCACUGCAUCAAGGGAACCCCACCCAUUCAGGAUCAGUGGAUGUGUUCUUGAGAUAAUAUGGUUAUAGUGAGUGCUGGAUUGUGUUUUAUAAAAGCUGUUCCAUAUGUGCAAGUACGGAAAUACUGAGAUGACAGCUAAGGGCUUGUCUACACUGGCAAUUUACAGCGCUGCAACUUUCUCACUCAGGGGGGUGAAAAAACAAGUUUCAGCGCUGUACAGUGCCAGCGUAGAAAGUGUACUACGCUGGGAGCUAUUCUCCUUGUGGAGGUGGGUUUUUUAGAGCGCUGGUUUUUUAGAGCGCUCUCUGCCGCGAGUACACAAACCACGUUAAAGUGCUGCCACAGCAGUGCUUUAGCAUUGCCAGUGAAGACUAGCAGUUCCAAUGCUUAAGCCUUCAGAUGCCUCCACGUUCCAGCCACAAAUAGUAUUCCAGUUAUUUGAUUGCUGGAGUAUAGUGGUACCAUUAGAAUCCAUGUGCUUAAUGCUUCUUAAAGCUAUUUUGUAUUAAAAGUAUGUGAUGUGCUUUAAACUUCUAGUUUGAGGACAAAAGCCUGACACAAAGCUCUUCUCUCUUCCUAUGUAAGGGUUUCCUCCCAUUUCUGAAUACUUAAGAUGAUAAAGAAGUCCCUUAAGGGGGAAAGAUGAAACAAGUGAAUCUGUGAGAGAAUUCAAUUCAAUUUGGAAUGCUUUUGCUGCAUUUACAAUUUGUACCACAUAAUCAGACUGUUUUAAAUAGUGGUCAUCUGAUUCUUGGCAAAUGUGUAUGAUGAAUGUAGGAAGAGAGAGAUGCUAUCUCUUAUCAACUAAAUUCUUAAAAUACUAUCUCAGAAUUUGACAUCAGUAGUUUAUAGAAAGUAAUCUUUGAGCCCAGACUUCCACUGACUGAUUUUUACUAGGUAAUUCUAGAAGAAAUUUUUUGACAUUACUAAUUUAAUUUAACUACUGAUUUAAGAACAUACUCUGUGUUAGUAAGCGUUCCCAAACUGUGUGGAAUGCAUAGGUAACAAGCUACUCUGAGUACAGUAUGUGUCAGAAUUAGACACACUAACACUUGCACUUCUAUGAGUUUUAAGUAUCUAAAUUUUUCAGGUACUAUUCCAGUCUAAAUUCAUGCUUGAAACAGAUUUUACUAUGUUUAUAGUAAUUUUUGUGGACAUUUGUCUGCAUCAUUGAAGGAUUGCAAUUUCAGCUCAAUGGAGCCCCACCAGUGGAAUGGAAGUAACAUUUGUAACUAACAAUUAAGGUCUAUUGCCAGACUGUCUAAUGAAGGAUAAGGCUAGUGCAGUCAUUCUUCAGUUUGAGCAGCAACCAACCAAAUUCAAAAGUAUCUUCUGAAUAUGAAGUUUUACAUUACAAUAUAAUAGUUUGUGGAACCCAGGCAAGCUUUAGGGAUUUGGACAUCUGUUUAAGAAGACUCCAAAUAUUUCAAUUACUGAAAUAUCUGUAAACACAGAUCACUCGGGAACCAUUGUUCACCAUACCUGAAAUGUAAUUAGAUAUUCAACACACAGGGCAUCUUGGCAGUAUCACUAAUUGAUACCAAAGAGAAGCUGCAGUAUGUAAAGUUUAGUAUAAUACUGAAAAUGUUUACUAAGUUCAUUUCUAUCCAUUUAUUUUGUAUGUAGGGACAGCUUUUAGUAUGCAUAUUUUUCUUUAGUAUAGAACUGCCAUAAUAUGUAAUGAAAAUACAGAGUGUAGUUAUAGUGCAUCUUAACAUUACUGUAACGAUAAAAUUUGUUUUAGGUUAGACUUAAUAAAACAGUGAUUUUUGCAGAUGUUACUUGAAUCUUGUUUCUAAUAGGUAGCAGAAUCUGACCAUGUUUACAAGAUUGUUUUAAUUAUUUGGUUUUCAGAUGAGAUUUACCAGCAGAAAUUCAGAUGAGUGCAUAGCACCCAUGCAAAUGUGCUGGGGAGUGAGUAUCAGGAUCUCCUGCUUGCUGGCACCAAAGAUUUAAUGGUGACCAGCAGACUUCAUACUGUUUACAUUUAGGUUACAAUAUACUAAAGUGCUCAACAUGCCUCUGUUGAGCUCUUUUCCUGCUGCAUCAGCUCCAGUCAGGUAUUCUGAGAAAAUCAGAUUUCACAGUAAUAUUUUUAGGAUCAGUCUACAUUAUGGUUCAGACAGAGGAUAGAUAAGACUGAUGUAUGCUUUAUUAAGAAUUUGCCCCAUUUAAAUUGCGAAAUAAAUAUCUCUGCAGCUCCUGUAUUUGCCAAUGGGUAUGUCAUCUACAUUGCACUGUAAUGGCAAAAUCCUGGGUGUCUGCACAUAUCUUACUUUCUUGUAGUUCUUUUCAGUGGGUUACAUACACUUGCAAUUAAUUGUUUGAGUCUCUGAAGUUAAUUAUACAAGAAUAAAUAUGUAAUAAAUGACACUUAUUGUAUUUUUUGUAUGUUGCCGGUAGGAACAUUCCUAUGCACAAAGAAAACAUGUUGCCAUUUAUAGUUUAAUACUUUGAAGUGUUUUUUUUAAAUGGGCUUUUAUAAAUGAAUGAAAUAUACAAAAAAAAAACAAAUUUUGCCUGAGUUUCUACAUGUUUUAAUUGUACCUUGUAAUUUCUCCAUACGUAUAUUUUUUUUCACCACUGUACUCUUAGGUUAUUACUUAAUGUUGAAUGUUUGCAUUCAGACUUUUGUAAAUCAAAGUUCAGACCUACGUAUUUUAUCUAAAUUACAAUUCACGGUUUAGGCAAAACUUGCACCUUUUGGGGCCCUCUUUUCCUAAGUGGUAAAAUAUCAAGUUAUGACACUUGACUUCACUGAAUGCAAAAGUAACUAAAUAAAGAAUGUGAAAUAUUCUGCAAAUAAACUGUUUAAAUGUA